AUGGUGGCCUUCAUGGACAUAACGGAGGAGCGUGUGCACUCUUUCUCUAUGACCGACAAUAUCAUUAGCCACCCCGUGGCCAUGCUGAUGCAGACGCCCAAGAUCCUGUCUCGCAAGCUACUCUUCGUGCAGCCCUUCACGACGCAGGUUUGGGCUCUCGUCCUGAUUAGCAUCCCAGUUGUGAGCGUGGCCCUCUGGUUAGUCUACAACUGGUCCCCUGAAGAAGCUCCUCGACGCCGAAAAGGAAGGGGCUUGUCACAACUCCACAACUGCGCCUGGUACACAUACGGAGCGCUCUUGCAGCAAGGUGCAGUGCACCUUCCCGUGGGCACCUCUUCCCGCCUGGUGGUGGGCACCUGGUGGAUCUACGUGGUGAUCGUCAUGGCCUACUACAGCAGUAACCUGAUCGCCUUCCUCACGGUGCCGGAACCACAGUGGCUCGUCCCGUCCUUCCGGGACGCCGUGAGGAGGGAAGACAUACACAUCUACAUCCCUUACGGAACGGGUCUCUACCAAGAGAUUCUGAAGUCUUCGAGUGAGGACUUCGUCAAGCUUCGGCAACGACUGAACAAAGCCGGUGCUACCGCUGUGAAUGACAUCAGACUUGCCAUCGACGCAGUGGCAGCUGGAAAGGCCAUACUUCUAGGAGAUAAGCUCCUGCUAGAAGCGCUUGCCAUCACGGAUUACAGGAACCAACGACGCCGCAGCUGCCGUGUAGCCGUCCUCAGCGACGAGAUCAUGCGCAUCAGCAUCGGUCUCGGCACUCGCAAAGGAAGCCCCUUCGUUCAGGCCUUCAACCGCGACUUCUUCAAGCUGCGCAGUUCGGGCAACCUGCGCUUCCUGCUGAUGAACCACCACGAGAAACCACACGCGUGCACCCGCGACUACAACGAGGACAGCCGUGGCCUUUCCAAGCCCAUCGGCCUGACCGAGCUGGAGAGCGCCUUUCUGCUGCUGCUGCUCGGCACCGCGAUCUCCUCGCUGCUGCUGCCCGUCGAGUUCGUGGCGCGCUGGGCUCGCGCUCGACGCCGAGCGCGGAUGCUGACGCCGCUGGGGCCGGCUUCGCAGCAUGAGAACACUUGGUGGACACCCGACAACCACACGACACGCCCCAUUAUCAGCCUGCGACAUGGCUGGAAGCGCGCCGAAGAGGCUGUCUGGACCACGGUCGGUCCCGGAGGCCACGUCAUCAGCGACUGCUAUCCAGCCUUUGGCCAGUUCGGCCGUCGGCCCCUGUUCGUGAAGCAGGCGUCACCCUUCCCUUUCUACCAGCCUUGCUGGGGCGGAACAGCAGCCGCCGAGGAGCCGGCGCAAGGCAGGCGGCGCGGACACGUCGUCAUGGUGGGGAACUGGCCGUGA